CACUGAACUAGCACUGCGCGAUUCUUUGUUUACAUCUUGAAUCAUGGAAGUGCCUUUAAGCGAGUUCAGCUCGCUGGAUCUGGAACGUGAAUUGUACGCUCGAGCAAAAAAUACGGAUGGAUUAAAGCAGGAGCGCUUUGGCCGCCUGUUGGCUGCCCGACAGCAAGACAGCCAGUCGUCGAUCCGACAAAGAAGAUCGUCCAUUGCAAAGUUUGGAGCUCGCUUGCAAAUGGACGACUUUGCCGAAAUAAAAAUGUUCGAUCCGACAGAGUUUGAGUUCUUGUCCAAUAAAGUUCGAUGGCGACUCGAUCGUGUACGACGAACAGAGGAUGGCGAAGGACUGGAAUACUUCCAUCCAGAUGUACUCAGUCGCAUCGACCGCAGCAAGACGUACAUGCUGAAUAUGGAUGAGUUUCUAGUGCGACAAGAGCCAUACAUUCAUAAGAUCUUUGUUAUUUUCAUAUCUCGGACUUGUGGGCAAGAGCAUAAGCUGUGCUAUGCAAGAAGUCUGGCCAAACUGCGCAGCUGGGAUGAGCAGGCGGAGGAGUUUGAAUGGCCCCUCAUCACGACUGAGAACAUAACCAGCUUGAGUGCGGAUAAUGCUGAGCUGCAGACGACGCUCAUUACAACAGAGAACAUUGCCAAAGCGCUGAGCUACGUAUUGGGAACAGUUAAGGACAAUAAUCUAGAAAACAUUGUGGCCAUUGCCUGUGAUACGAAUCGACUCGGUGUGCCAGCCAUAACGAUGCUGCUGGAGGCGAGUGGCCAUGUGAUGCCACCGACGCUCUACGACAUCUAUGACCUGCAGAUCACCUUGCAGAACAUGUUCUGCUCCGCCUGUGUGCGGAUCCUGAUGCGUGUGGAGCACGAGAUAUACACGAAGACCACGUACGGGGAUCAGCUGUGCAGGCUGUGCUCUGGCAAUAGAACCAAGAAUAUGAAUGCUGUUCUGCUGCUGAUGGAGUAUGUGAAUAAGUUGCCCCAGAUUCUAAAUACAAUGUGGAGCUUCGAGGAGCAUCUGGACAAGCCAAUUUCCCUAAUUGGCCUGAACAACAGAUUGCUGAAGAUUUACGGCUCACACAUCAAACGAGAGCUGCCGCCUAUAACAUUCGAAGACUGUGCCGCGGGCUCGGGACUUUUGCAAUUGAUCGUCUUUGAUGCCCUGUGGUGCAUCUCAACCGAAGCUGAACCUGAAGAGAUAAAUCUGGAAGUCAUAGUCUAUCCGCCACACAACCAGGAAUGAGCUGUUUAAGAAUAAGUUAGAUAUAUUUAUUAUUUAUUUUAUUGGAACAUGGAAUUCAGUACAGUUAUAUUUUGAUAUACUUAAUUUAUGUGUAGAGCAUAGCGAGACAAAUCUGUAUAAAUAUCGCUAGAUAUAGCAGUUCACUGCAGCCAGAACCUGUGGCCGCAUUAUGCACCAUGCUGGCUGUAAAGACCUGUGAUCUCUGCGUAAUCUCGUUCUCAAAGCUCUCCUCGGUUGCAUCGUACUGCAGCUCCGAUUCCGUUGAAUAGUUGGGCAGCUCAACUUAAAUUAGAAUAAGAAAUGUAUUAGAAUAUACAUAUAUAAUACUAUAGUGAUAAGGCAGUAACUACCUUCGCCACCUGUGGCAAAUCGCACCGUCUUGCUGUUGUCGCUCCAGCCAAAGCUAUUCCGCGCCAGCACUGAAACCUCGUACAGACUGGCCGGCUGCAGUCCAUGCAAUGUGUACGAGGUUAUGUAAAUGGGACCUAUAUGGAGACUAUGCAAAUAAAAUGAUGACUAGAUAUAAGAGACUAGGCUUACCAAUGGUCAUUUGUGCUGGAAUCGUCAGUUCGGUCCAGUUUGUGCGAAUGGGCCUUGUUAUAUUUGCUGUUUGAAAGAAAUGAAGGCUAUAAAUAGACUGAAACUAAUGUAA